AUGUGGCAAAACUUGGUCCGCCCUGACAAAUUCACAUUUCCUUUUGUACUCAAAGCCUGUGCAAAUAUUCGUGCGCUUGAAGAAGGAAAACAAAUACAUUGCCAGGUUUUGAAGAGUCCUUUUAGGCAAGACACGUAUGUGCUGGAUUCCUUGCUUCUUAUGUAUUCAAAGUGUGGUAAAAUUGAAGAUGCACGCCUUGCGUUUGAUUUAUUGCCUCAUAAAAGAUUGAUUUGCUGGAAUAUGAUGAUUGACGGGUAUGUGAAGCAUGGAGAUUUGGACACUGCACGGGAAUUAUUUGAUUAUAUGCCUCAACGAGAUAUUUUCUCGUGGAAUGUGAUGAUCGAUGGGUAUGCAAAGUAUGAACAAAUUGGUGCUGCCAGGAAUUUGUUUGAUGAAAUGCCAAUCAGAGAUAUUAUCUCGUGGAAUUCCAUGAUCGCUGGUUAUGCGAAAUGUGGGGAUAUGGAAUCCGCAAAGGACUUAUUUGAUCAAAUGCCCUUAAAAGAUGUGGUUACUUGGGGCAUCAUGAUCAACGGAUAUUCUAAAAGUGGACAUGUUGAGAUUGGACACUGCUGUUUUGAAAAAGUUCCACACAAGAGCUUGAUAACAUGGAAUUCUUUAAUCCGUGGUUAUGCAAAAUGUGAGAGCAUUGAGAGUGCAUAUAAAUUAUUUGCUAUAAUGCCAGUUAAGAAUUCAGUCUCAUACAACAUCAUGCUUGAUGCAUACGUGAAGGGUGGAAAAAUAGAAAUGGCCUAUCAGUUAUUCAAUACAAUGGCCGAUAAAGACAUUGUUGCUUGGAAUGUUAUGAUUGAUGGAUACGCUAGGAUUGGAAACAUGGAAUUCGCUAGGGUAUUAUUUGAUACUUUGCCGUAUAGGGACAUAAUUUCAUGGAAUGCACUGAUUUCUGGCUACAAACAAAAUGGUUUUCCCGAAGAAGCCAUUUUACUUUUCUGUGAAAUGCUUGAGAGCGGAGGAAAACCUGAUUGCUGUACCUUGGCAACAGUUCUUUCUGUCAUUGCUGACUUGGGCCUAUAUGUACAGGGAACAUGGGUUCACGCCUAUGCUGAAAGAAAAAGCUAUCCGGUCAGUGGCAUGGUUGGCGUCUCCCUCAUAGACAUGUACUCCAAGUGUGGGUAUGUAGGUAUGGCUCUACAGUUUUUUAAUCACAUUCCUCGGAAAACCAGGGAUCACUGGAACUCAAUGAUAUCAGGUGUUGCGAUACAUGGUUUUGGCAGUCUUGCUGUUUCCCUAUUUGAGCAGAUGGAACUGUCUAAUGUAGAACCUGAUGAUAUAACUUUUGUCAAUAUUCUAAAUGCUUGCAGCCAUGCUGGCUUAGUGCACGAAGGUCAGCUGUACUUUGAGCUUAUGAGAUCCAAGUACAGACUUUGUCCUACGAUCCAGCACUAUGGCUGCAUGGUUGACCUUCUAAGUCGAUCUGGAGGUUUGGAUGCAGCAAUGAAAUUGGUGACCAGCAUGCCAAUAAGACCCAAUGAUGUUGUCUGGAGGGCCCUCCUUGCUGCUUCUACUAAUCAUGGCAACACAGAAAUUGCAGAGCGUGCAGCAAGGCAUCUUUUUGAGUUGGAGCCGAAUGAUAGUAGUUCUUAUGUUCUGUUGUCUAGUAUUUAUGUUUCCAGGUGCCAAUUUGAAAGUGCCAGUAAAAUGUGGAAGCUAAUGAAAGAUAGAUCAAUUAGAAAGAACCCCGGCUGUAGUUCUAUUGAAUUGCAUGGGGAAGUUCAUGAAUUUAGAGUGGGAGAUAGUUUAGAUGAUGAUGUUCUGAAGAUCCAUCACUCGUUGAGGAGCAUUAGUCAAGACUUAAUGAUGGAAGACAUAGGUGGUGUUGAGGAGGAUUAG